AUGCGCGUUUUUGGCAUUUUGCUAGGUCUGUUUGGCGCUUCUUCGCAAGAUAUAAACUCAGUUGCCAGCAUUUGCACAUGCGACUUGACUAAUAAGUGCGACUUUAAUUGUUGUUGUGAUUCGAGCUGUACGGCCGAAGAUAAAGCUCUCUUCUCGGAUUGCAUAAAAGUCCCUGGCUUAGAUGUGGAUACACAAUUUUGUACCUUUUCAAAACUUGCGCAGUCACAGUACGAAUUCACGACAGUUUCAACUGAUUCCUCGAAUCCACUUUGCAUCAAAAUCGACAACACAGACUUCCGCGAGAGCUUCGUUGCUUCAGACCCGAUCACAACAGCCGAGGCUCUUAACAACGCGAUCACCAACAUUGAUGUGAACCCAUGGCCUACUCCAGCAGUAUCAGUUGGAAUAAGUUUUCUGUCCGAACGAGAGUCAUCAUGCUUUCACAACACGCAGACUGACUGUGGAACUGGCAACUGGCUCGACUCAUCAACUUUUCUGACGAUCACUCCUUCUGGAAUCACUCCUACGAUCUCCUGCUUAGAUUCAGCAGGCAACGCAAUGACUUGUCAGCCUAGUUCUUACGCUACUUCCACCUGCUCCAACGCUGUGGUCAAAUCAGAAAUAAACUUUACCUUCGCCAACGGAGCAAUAACUGCAGUGACGAUAAUUAACACCUUGAAAGAUGUCUCAACUGCGGUCACUUCUCAGACAAUCUCACUUUCCUUCUUACCCCAGGAUACAAAAUUCUUCUCUGGUAAUCCAGGUUACAUUGUCGGUCGCCCGCUCCGACAGAUCAAAGUGGAGAGCGGCUCAAAUGUCGCUGGAGAUUACACAUUCAGAGCGAUGGACAGAACGAUUUGCGAUAACAUUAACGACGCUUUCUUCGAUCGAUCUCACAUUGUCAACUUUGGCAUUGACUACUCUGCGUCUUGUGUUUAUCAAGUUGCCACUGAUGCGACUUGUGAUGCUACUCAAGCUCUUAUCAAAAACGCUCUGCGGCAACAAGAGUCGAAGCUCUUUGCCGCCUUUGGAAAUGUACUCGCCGAUGCUGAAGACCAAUCUCUCUGGCUCGCUCCAAUCUGUUCAAAUGACAAUUGCGAGCCUUCUGCUCAAUGUGAUGUUUCCCAAAACACUUUCGUCUCAGGCCUCCAUUACCGGAUCUUCUAUCAAAACACCGGCUAUAUUCAAGCGCCUCAAAAAAAGGUUUGA